GAAGAGGUCCAGGCCGGGGAGCCCAGCAACAGCGGUGUCCAGACCUCUGCCCCCCAACUCCGGGUCCUGGCGCCCAAGGUCAGCUCAGACACCUGACACACACAAGCACCUUUUAUACGGUUGCUGACUGUAUGCGAGGAGGAGGAAGGUGGUUCUUUAGCACAAGAGCAAGUGGCCAGAGGCCCCGGGAGACCAGAAGAAAAUUCCUGGCCCUUCAGCAUGGUGUCCCAGGGGUCUGCGCCCUCCCUGCUGGAGGCCCUGAACAGCGACUUCCUGGCCUGUAAGAUCUGCCUGGAGCAGCUGCGGGCUCCCAAAACGUUGCCCUGCCUGCACACCUACUGCCAGGACUGCCUGGCCCAGCUGGCGGAAGACGGCCACCUCCGAUGCCCCGAGUGCCGUGAGACGGUGCCCGUGCCACCGGCCGGCGUGGCUGCCUUCAAGACCAACUUCUUUGUCAACGGGCUCCUGGAUCUGGUGAGGGCCCGGGCCGGUGGAGACCUGCGCGCUGGGAAGCCAGCCUGUGCGCUGUGCCCCCUGAUGGGUGGGGCCAGUGCCGGGGGGCCGGCCACUGCCCGGUGCCUGGACUGUGCUGAUGACUUGUGCCAGGCCUGUGCCGACGGGCAUCGCUGCACCCGGCAGACCCACACCCACCGAGUGGUGGACCUGGUGGGCUACAGGGCAGGGUGGUACGAUGAGGAGGCCCGGGAGCGCCAGGCGGCCCAGUGUCCCCAGCACCCCGGGGAGGCCCUGCGCUUCCUGUGCCAGCCCUGCUCCCAGCUGCUGUGCCGGGAGUGCCGCCUGGAUCCCCACCUGGACCACCCCUGCCUGCCCCUGGCCGAGGCUGUGCGUGCCCGGAGGCCAGGCCUUGAGGAGCUCCUGGCAGGCGUGGACAACAACCUGGCAGAGCUGGAGGCCAGCCGGAUGGCGGAAAAGGAAGCCUUGGCCCGGCUGCGGGAGCAGGCAGCCAGGGUGGGGACACAGGUGGAGGAGGCAGCGGAGGCGGUCCUCCGGGCCCUUCUGGCCCAGAAGCAGGAGGUGCUUGGGCAGCUACGGGCCCACGUGGAGGCUGCUGAGGAGGCUGCUCGAGAGAGGCUGGGGGAGCUGGAGGGCCGAGAGCAGGUAGCCAGGGAGGCGGCUGCCUUCGCGCGUCGCGUGCUCAGCCUAGGUCGUGAGGCCGAGAUACUCUCCCUGGAGGGGGCCAUUGCUCAGAGGCUCCGGCAGCUGCAGGGGUGUCCCUGGAUGCCUGGGCCCACCCCCUGCCUGCUGCCCCAGCUGGAGCUCCAUCCUGGGCUCCUGGACAAGAACUGCCACCUGCUACGGCUCUCCUUUGAGGAACAGCAGUCCCAGAAGGAUGGUGGGAAAGAUGGAGCUGGAACCAAAGGAUGUGACAAGACCCAGAGCUGGAGAGAGGAUGGCACCCAGACAGAGAAACACGGUGGGAUCCAGCCCCAGAGUAGAGAUGGAGCCCAGACCCCAAAGGAGGACAGAGCCCAGACGCCCCAAGAAGAUGGAGCCCAGACCCCAAAGGCAGAGAUAGCCAAGACACCCCAAGAAGAUGGAACCCAGACCCCAAAAGAGGCCAGAGCCCAGACACCCCAAGAAGAAGGAGGAGCCCUGACCCCGAGGGGUGGCAGAUCCAACAAGAAGAAGAAAUUCAAAGGCAGGCUCAAGUCAGUUUCCCGGGAGCCCAGCCCAGCCCCUGGGCCACACCUGGAGGGCUCGGGCCUCCUCCCCAGGCCUAUCUUUUCCUGCAGUUUCCCCACGCGAAUGCCUGGAGACAAACGGUCUCCCCGGAUCACUGGACUCUGUCCCUUUGGUCCCCGGGAGAUCCUGGUGGCGGAUGAGCAGAACAGGGCGCUGAAGCGUUUCUCCCUCAACGGAGACUACAAGGGCGCCGUGCCCGUCCCUGAGGGCUGCUCCCCGUGCAGCGUGGCUGCCCUGCAGGGCGCAGUUGCCUUCUCAGCCAGUGCGCGGCUCUACCUUAUCAGCCCAGAUGGUGAGGUGCAGUGGCGCCGGGCCCUGAGCCUCUCCCAGGCCAGCCACGCUGUGGCUGCGAUGCCGAGCGGGGACCGGGUGGCCGUCAGCGUGUCAGGCCACGUGGAGGUGUACAACAUGGAAGGCAGCCUGGCUACCCGGUUUAUUCCUGGGGGCAAGGCCAACCGGGGCCUGCGGGCACUGGUGUUCCUGACAACCAGCCCGGAGGGCAAUUUUGUGGGGUCAGAUUGGCAGCAGAAUAGCGUGGUGGUCUGUGAUGGGCUGGGGCAAGUGGUCGGGGAGUACCGGGGGCCAGGCCUGCACGGCUGCCAGCCGGGCUCCGUGUCUGUGGACAAGAAGGGCUAUAUCUUCCUGACCCUUCGCGAGGUCAACAAGGUGGUGAUCCUGGACCCAAAGGGGUCACUACUCGGCGACUUCCUGACGGCCUAUCAUGGCCUGGAAAAGCCCCGGGUGACCACCAUGGUGGACGGCAGGUACCUGGUCGUGUCCCUCAGUAACGGGACCAUCCACGUCUUUCGGGUCCGCUCUCCUGACAGUUAAA